AACUACAACCUGAUACAACUAUCUGAUGCCCACCCGCUACACGGCGCAUGACAUCAGCUUCGAGAAACUGUCGCCCAAGGACCUGAAGGAUCCCGUCAAGAGCAAGACACACCGUUUCCAGACCCGCGUCAAGUUCGACUCUAUCUACAAGGAGGGAAAGAACAAGUGGUUCUUCCAGAAGCUGCGUUUCUAAGCUAGAAACUAAUGGGAUGAUGAUGAUGAAUU